AACCACAUCAUUUGCUCUCCUCCAUGCUACUAAUUUAACGUAUGCAUGACGUAUAAUUGAAUAUCAGAGAGUGGGGAGAUCUACAGUACAUAAAGUCAAGCCACGAAUUACUGUUUACAGUUUGCGUUCAGAACUAAGGAUAGACGUUUAGACGAAGAUGCGUUCGAUCGUUUUGUACAUUGCCCUAGCAGGGUGUUUGACACUUGCUAAAGCUCAUACUUAUCACAUGGGUAGUUGUCCCAUAGUAGAGCCAAUGCAUGGAUUUCAAAUGAAUAAGUUUCUAGGAAUCUGGUAUGUCAUUCAGAAAACAUCUACAGCAAGUAGAUGUAUUACUUACAAUUAUACUCGUGGUGAGGAACCAGGAGAAUACUUGAUAACUCAAGAUUCUGAUCAUCCUGUAUUAGGUCUUACGCCACUGAAACAUGAAUAUCACUAUACCGGUGAAUUGAGUGUACCAGAACUUAGUACACCAGCUCGAAUGCAAGUUCGCUUCCCUCUCAGUGUAGCAGGUACAGCAUCUCACAUAAUCUUUACUACGGAUUAUGACAAUUAUGCUGGGAUAUUCACUUGUCAGAAAUUAGCUUUUGCCCAUCGACAAAGUGCAACUAUACUUUCAAAACGUCGUGAUCUUGACAAGGAUAUCAUCGAUAGAAUAAAAGCAAAAUUGUCAGGCUAUGGAGUAGAUCCUUAUGAUCUCAGUAUCAUUUCUCAGAAUGGUUGUCCACACGAUAAUGAUACUUUCGACAUAAACAUCGAUCCUAACACUUUCACUGCUGAAAGUUUUGGCAGUGCCGUACGUAAAGCUGGCGAGAAACUUGGGGAUGGUGUACAAUGGGUCGCCCAUGCUGGUAGCAAAGUUUAUCAUAAGAUAACUGGCACUGAGGAAAGUACAACUUCGAAACCAGAGGAAACGCAUAGAGUUAUACCAGUGAUGAGAGAUUCUGGCAAAUACGAGACUAACGAAGUUGAAUGGAUUCCAUAAAAAUGUUAGAAAUGAUUAUUAAGUUAAAAAAAAAAAAAAAAAAGAAAGAAAGAAAGAAAGAAAUGAUAUUAGUAAAUUUCUAUUCUUUUUUGUUUCUUUUUUUGUUUUUUUUUUUGUUUUUUUUUAUGCUUUUUAUAUAUCGAUAUAAAAGAAAUAAGACAAAAGAAGAAAACACUUAUCAAGAUCGAUGCGAGCUUAUAAUUUCAAUUUUGUAGGAAAAUAUACGCGUUUCAGAUUAAGUAGAUUAGAAAUAUCGACAUUGAGAUGUAUCUUCUCGUAGGGUAUAUAACAGAAAUAAUAAUACUUUAAACACAAAA